UAUUGUCAAUGCGGCUGUCAUAAAAAAUAUGUUCUAUGCUGAUGUUUUGAAAAAGCAGUAGUUUCUUCUAAACCGACAUUAAAAUUUAAGAUGUUUGAAGCCCAAGAAAUUCAUGCUGAACAUAAAGACCUCAUUCAUGAUGUUGCUUACGAUUAUUAUGGACGUAGAAUGGCAACUUGCUCAAGCGAUCAGUAUGUUAAAGUUUGGGAUCAAACAGUAGAUGGCAAAUGGGUUUUAACUUCUAGCUGGAAAGCUCAUAGUGGAUCAGUGUGGAAAGUAACUUGGGCACAUCCUGAAUUUGGACAAGUAUUAGCAACUUGUUCUUUCGAUAGAACUGCAGCUGUUUGGGAAGAAAUAGUAGGAGAAUUGCCUGGACCAGGAGAAAGAGGCACAAGACAUUGGGUGAGAAGAACGAAUUUAGUAGAUUCUCGUACCUCAGUAACGGAUGUAAAGUUUGGACCAAAAUCUCAAGGAUUGCAGCUGGCUACUUGUUCUGCAGAAGGUAUAAUAAGAAUUUAUGAAGCACCAGAUGUGAUGAACCUUAGUCAGUGGACAUUACAACAUGAAGUACAAUGCAAAUUACCUUGCAGUUGUUUAUCAUGGAACCCCAGCUUAUCAAAGGUCCAUCCUCAAAUGAUAGCUGUCGGAAGUGACGAUCCAAAUCCAACAAAUGGCGGUAAAGUGUUGAUCUAUGAGUACAAUGAGAAUAGUAGACGGUGGACAAAAUUAGAAACUAUAAAUUCCAUUGUCGACCCUGUUCAUGAUAUCGCUUUUUCACCAAAUUUAGGAAGAAGUUUUCACAUUCUUGGGGUUGCUACAAAAGAUGUUAGGAUAAUCAAUUUGACACCAAUCGAAGAUGAUCAAAAUGCUCAGAGCGGUGUGACUAAACUAGAUGUAGAGACAAUUGCACAGUUUGAUGAUCAUAAUAGUUUAGUUUGGAGGGUAUGUUGGAAUUUGACAGGAACAGUAUUGUGUUCCACGGGAGAUGAUGGUUGUGUCCGAAUGUUCAAAAUGAAUUACAUAAAUUCUUGGAAACCAGUGGCUGUUCUAAAAGGAGAUGCUUCUCAACCAAAUUUCGAUCAACGAAUAGCUAGCUCCACAAAUAAUGGAAAUACAAUUACACCGAUUUCACAAACAGCUCGUUAUAUAAAAUUAGGAUCAAUAUCACAAACAAGAGAAACGCCUUGGCACUAAUAAGAUACACAUUAAGAUUGUUUUGUUUGUAUUUGUGCAAGUUUUUAUAUUUGAUUAUAGUUUUGUUCAACAAGUA